GGGCAGAGUAAAAGAAGGAGGAGGGGAGGAGUUUUUUCCCCCACACCGAUCCAACUGUUCUUCAUCAUGCAGCCUGUAACAACAGAACAUACAGCUGGAGACGAGGAAUGAGCUGAAGACUCUUUCUGGUAGAUCUUCUGUAGGUUUUCCAAGUGAGGCAUGUUUUAGGACUUAAGCUCUUGCAGAACGUAUUCAGUCAUAGGAUGGACCACUCGGCUCUCUGCUGCCUCAUUGGCUUGUCCAUCAUUCUGCUUAACAGCAGCGUCACUAAAGCCACCCCAGUCAUUUUCAAUGACUCUUUGGAAAGCAGUGGGCAAUCGGAUUCUGGUAGCAUAGAACUGUCCCUCUCACCCAGCAUUACUUCCUUUCAGAAUGAGUCUGCUCAGUCCUCUGUCGAUGAAGAAAAACACAACAAGACCUUAUUGAAUCAAAUGGUGGACUUCUUACAAGAGAAUCUCCUUCUCAUUGUUGUCAUUACCACAUUACUACUAAUCUUUUUCAUCAUCAUCUGCUCAGCUGCAAUUUUGAGCCGCAGACGCAAAGUCAGCGCGUACUACCCUUGCGCUUUCCCUUCUAAGAUGUAUGUCGAUGAGAGGGACAAGACUGGAGGAGCGAAGUUAUUCAAUGAAGUCCCUGAGAACGCCAAUGCUGGCGCCACCGAGGAGCCAUUGAAUUCAGCCAAGCCUCAGGAGGACAUCAUGUUGGCUACCAAGAACCUACGAACUCCUGUUAAGACGCCAUGGAGAGAGAAAAAUGAAACCAUUGAAGAUGAAAAACCUAAAGUUGAUGAGGAAAGUCCUCAGGGUGAAAGGAGUGAAGAGGACGACUCGGUUUUGCAGAAGGGGAAAACUACACACGAGUCUCUUGUUGAGGAUUCUGCGGAAAACAGAAACCCCAGCGGGUCCCAAGACAGUGUUCCUGUUUCUGACAUGGAAAAAAAUGACCCUUCUGAGUCCGGGCCCCCUGAGGAGAGCAAACAUCCAUCUGGGCCUGAGAUUCAAGAGGACAUGAACAAACAGGAAGUUGUUCCUUCAGGCACAUCAGUUAUCAUUGAAGAGAAAACAGCAUUUUAGUGUGACAUGUUUAAAGUAUUAGACAUAUUUACAGAUAAACACAGACCAAAGUUUGUUUGGACACGUUGUAUUUGCUCUAAUAAGGACAUUUUUGUGUUUCAUUGAAGUCAACUUAUCUGAAGAAAAGCGAUGGCUUUAGUUUUAUGGCUGUUUACUAUGAUGCACAUAUAAAUGUCAACUAUUUUAAAUAGCCAUUUUUACUCAUUUACUUUAGUUUAACAGAAAACUGCAAUAUAAACGGAUGCCUGUAAGGCAAGACUGUGAUAUAAAAAAAAUGCAUUUUAAGUUUUGUGUGUGCCAAAUCUCUUUUCAAACCAUCAGCAGAAAUGGUCUUAAUACUUCUAGAUUGUUCACUUCUCCUUUAUUAGUGAUGACAUGUAUAAAUACCGAGAAGCAUAAUUUAAUUGUUUUAUUUGAUUGACUUAUUUUUAAUGUAUUUUAUAUAUUAAUAUUUUAAUAUCUGAAUGCUGUUAUUUAAAAAUUGGCAGGAGUAAAUAACAGUUCCCAUUCGAUUAGAAAUGUAUAAAAAAAAAAUUGACUAUAACAUUUUUCUUGAUUAUUUUCUGUUGCUAAAGUACAGACAAUGUUGUUGCUAUUCUCUGUCUGCUAAAACUGGACACUUGACCUCGAAAUGCAAUGCAAAUAUAAACACAGAAGCACACACAUGCAAAAAAUAAAGCAAACUCCGAUUAAGGAGUUGAGUCAUAGA